CGGCAGUGCAUUCUGGAUCACCACAGUUGCCGAUUGUGCAUUCAGAGUAUAAGCUAUGUAUGGGAAGCUCACACACAGUCUUAGACUGCUCCUUUUACUGUGAACUAUAAAUGGACAAUGCCACUGCUGGCUGUUAUAGAGUCUCACUAUAUGACUUAAUUGGUUGUUUUCAGGUUGUGCAGCUGACAUUUAAUUGUAUCUAAAAAUCUAAAUAUUUGGCCGAUUUAUAAAUCCAUCUUUAAACAAAACUGACUUAAACAAGCGUGCAGAGCCUUCGUGGAUGACUGACACCAAGCCAUAAGUUCAACAACUGGAGGAGUCGCCAAUUUUAGCUACAGAGACCCUCCCAUUUAAACCGGCCGACCCUUAAUACGUUGUGUGGCUGCAGAAGCGCUCAUGACAGUGACAGAAACCACGUUUAAUCAGCUACUGUUCACGCGAUAAUCAAGGACACGGACGUAAGAUGGACAACAUGAAAGAAAAAACACAAUAUUCAGGAGGGGUGACUACUGGUCUCUCUGUCCUGCUCCAGUAACUGGAGGCACAAGUUCCUUCCUCACCAGCCUAAACUUCAAUUUUUAGAAGAUCUGGGCUGUGUUCUGCUGCUGCAGCUAUGGCACCCAAAAAGAACAAGGCAACCAAAAAGAAUAAAGGAGACAUUAAUGAAAUGACCAUAAUGGUUGAGGACAGCCCCAUCAACAAGAUCAAUGGGCUAAACACUCUGUUAGAAGGGGGAAAUGGCUUCAACUGCAUUUCAACUGAAGUUACUGAUUCUGUGUAUGCACCUAACCUGCUGGAGGGUUUGAGCAACAUGAGACAUGAGAGCUUCCUCUGUGAUUUAACAGUCUCCACCAAGUCAAAGUCAUUCGAUGUUCACAAAGUUGUCAUGGCCUCCUGCAGUGAAUACAUCCGAAACAUCUUGAAGAAGGAUUCAACCCUCCAGAAGAUCGAGCUGAACGACCUCUCACCUGUCGGUUUAGCCACUGCAAUUACUUAUGCAUACUCUGGAAAGCUGACCCUGUCACUGUACAGCAUUGGCAGCACUAUUGCUGCAGCCAUGUUGCUGCAGAUUGGUACCUUAGUGAAGAUGUGCAGUGAUUUCCUCAUGCAGGAGCUAAGCGUGGAAAAUUGCAUGUAUGUGGCCAAUAUUGCUGAUGCCUAUAACCUCAAAGAAACCAAGGAGGCAGCUCAGAAGUUCAUGCGGCAGAACUUCAUUGAGUUUUCUGAGAUGGAGCAGUUCCUUAAGCUCACCUAUGAGCAGAUCAAUCACAGCCUUCGUGAUUUCCUCUCAGAUGAUUCCCUGCAGCUUCCCUCCGAGAUCACAGCUUUUCAGAUUGCCAUGAAAUGGUUGGACUUUGAUGAGAAGAGGCUGAAGUAUGCGGCAGAUCUCCUAACUCACAUUCGCUUUGGCACCAUCUCUGCCCAAGACCUGGUGAAUCACGUCCAGAAUGUGCCUAGAAUGAUGCAAGACCCCGAGUGCCACCGUCUCCUUGUUGAUGCUAUGAAUUACCAUCUACUGCCAUACCAACAGAACAUCCUCCAGUCACGCAGGACAAAAGUACGUGGUGGCCUCAAGGUGAUCCUCACAGUCGGUGGACGCCCUGCCUUGACAGAGAAAUCUCUCAGCAAAGAUGUUCUCUACAGAGAUGUAGACAACGUGUGGAAUAAGUUGACAGAAAUGCCAGCAAAGAGCUUUAAUCAGUGUGUGGCCAUCUUGGAUGGCUUCCUGUAUGUGGCGGGUGGUGAGGACCAGAAUGAUGCAAGGAACCAGGCAAAACAUGCAGUCAGCAACUUCUGCAGAUACGAUCCCCGCUUCAACAAUUGGAUUCACUUGAGCAGCAUGAUCCAGAGGCGCACCCACUUCAGCCUCAACACCUACAACAGCCUCUUGUUUGCCAUAGGCGGUCGAAACUCUGAUGGUGUUCAGGCCUCAGUGGAGUGCUAUGUGCCCUCCUCCAACCAGUGGCAGAUGAAAGCUCCCAUGGAGGUGCCCCGCUGCUGUCACGCCAGCUCUGUCAUCGAUGGCAAGAUCCUUGUAUCUGGAGGCUACAUCAACAAUGCCUACUCCAGGGCUGUGUGUUCAUAUGACCCCUCCACUGACAGCUGGCAGGAUAAGACCAGUCUGAGCACCCCUCGUGGCUGGCACUGCGCUGCCACCAUGGGAGACCGAGCCUACGUCAUCGGUGGCAGUCAACUGGGAGGUCGUGGGGAGAGGGUGGAUGUCCUCACCGUCGAAUCAUACAACCCUCACAAUGGGCAGUGGAGCUACUGCACACCUCUUCACACAGGGGUGAGCACAGCUGGUAUUGCCAUUUUGAACAACAAGCUCUAUCUCCUGGGAGGCUGGAACGAGGGGGAGAAGAAGUACAAGAAAUGCAUUCAAGUUUACAACCCUGACCUCAACGAAUGGACCGAGGAUGAUGAAUUACCUGAAGCUACAGUUGGUAUUUCAUGUUGUGUUGUCACCAUACCCACACGGAAAACAGGAGAGUCCAGAGCCAGUUCAGUUUCAUCUGCACCCGUCAGUAUAUAGGUGUUUAAAUGAUAAUAAUAAUGUAGUUUACAUUUCUCCAUCUUGUCUGUUGCAUCACUCUUGGUUUUAAACUCUACCAACAAUUCCUUUUUGGAGGCUUAGAUGAUCCAUUUAAAUGGUUGUCAUUUUCUUUAGAUGGGCAAAAAUGAGUUAAAUGCAGAGAUUCCACAUUCAGGAACACAUUCUGUAAACACUUUUCAAAAAAUUCCAUUCAUUCGAAACAAACUCAAGUGCUGUUUUCAAAGAAGAAGCCAAAAGCUUUGAAAUAUAUUUUCAGUACUUUUCAAUUUAAUAAUAAAAUGUUAGAUAAUGCUUAUGAUAGAGACAGACAGUAACCAAUUUUAUCAUUUUUAAAGAGAAGUCUUCUUUGGGGCCAGUUCAGCUGGGAUUAUGUCACUAGCCCCUUUUCUAUAACAAAUGUUAUUUUAACUCAAAUAAAAUAAAUAAAAAUGCAAAAUCUAGUUGUUAUGAUGAUUAAUCUGUUACAUAACUGUUUUUAUAACCCAGUACCAUGGAAAUUAUAAUGCUGAUCUGUUACAUAACUGUGUUUAUAACCCAGUACCAUGGAAAUUAUAAUGCUGAUCUCUGUGACAAUCCUGUUUAUGUUGACUGUAACUACUGUGAUUCUCAGGUACUUGAACAAAAUAAUUAGCGGUAGAAAGCUGAAGCUGGAAUAAGUUUUGGCCUCACCUACCAGGAGUAGGUACUUCUUCUGAUUAGUAUUUAAAUACACUGACACCUCACAGUAAGAAUGCUGUUUCUCUACAUUUGUACAGUAUUCAGUAGUCUUGUGUCAUCUGUUAUGUGAUUGUCAUAUACAUUGCCACUGUAAAGGAAACAGAUUGUACUGGGACAAUGCUGAAUGGUGAGGGCUGAAGGGGUUUAGAUGUGACAGCAAUAAAUCAUUUUGUAAACAACAAAAGGAGAAAUAAGGCUUGGAAAUCAUGUUGUCAACCUGAGCUUUUCUGGACGUGAAUUCCUAGACAUGUCUUUUUUGUUUGUUUGUUUUUAAAUUAACAAAAUUA